AUGGUUGGCAGCAUAUUUAACCUGGAUUUGACGCGGUUUAAAAAGCCCUUUUUCGCAUCCUCUCUCGCAUCCAGCUGGCUACCUGUGUCUGCACCAUCAUCUCCGUCGAAGAAAAUACAAACGCGGUCACAGAUAAGGCAGAACUCGCAAUUGCAAGCGCAAUCGGAGCCCAGAUCCAGUCCUACAGGGUCCAGUGACCCGCCAACUUCUACUUUUCCACCGACGUCAACAAUCCCCAAGAAGCGGACCGCCCAUGAAAACCACUGUGAACGUCUCCCGCCUCCCCCUCCUUGUUCGCCUCUGCCUUCGCCUCCGGCAGAACCUGUUCCGUGGAAAUGGAAGUGUCAUGUGUGCCGCUCAACUUACUCUCUGGCAGUCACGCGCCGGUGUUUAGAAGACGGGCAUUACUUUUGUUCUGUCCAAACAAAAACAAAGAGUCGACGAACGGGAAGGGUGAAGAAACAUGGGCCAUGUCGGAGCCGGUUCGAUUAUGCAGGUUGGAAAAAGUGGGCAGAAUGGCGUCGCAUGCAGGAUGAUGUUAUGCCGCUGCCGCUUGAUCCUACAGAAGAGAGGGAUUGCUGGAACCAGUGCGAUUAUCCGUCAGAAUGCCGCUGGGCAAGACGGAGUCAAAGCGAUGCUUGCGCAGAAGAGGAAAGUGCAAAAGGAAAAGACGGAGUCAAGACAGAAAGUGUAGAGGUGGCAGCUGCAGGAGCGAAACGGCACAAGUCGAAUGGGGGAUUUAGGGAGAAUGAAGAUGUGGAUAUCGGUGGACAGACACGUUCGGAGGAAGAGGUGUUGAUGGACGUGGAAGAAUCUGGAAAUGCUACCGCAGACGAAGGGGAGCCGGAUGACUCCGCUCAUGAUCGCAAGUCCGACCAUGAGCGCGAACCUUCAGGACAGGCGGACCAUUGGCGGAUACUCUUUGCCGUCAACAACGACCUUGGGCUCGCAUUUGCAAGCGUCCUCUGGCGCAACGCCCUGCAUGGCCAAAGGAAUAUGGAGGCCACAGCCGAUCCUGAUGAAGAUGGAAAACAAAACACGAGAUUCUCACCAUGUUCUAAGGCCUAA